CGACCGCGAACACGUAACGUACUUAAUACGUCGUCCUGUACGCGGUCGAUCCAAUCCGGCCCCGGCCCGCGUGCGCUCGUACUGUACUAGUGUACAUGUACUAUCGUGCCCGUACGAACCCGUACAUCAGCGAUCAAGAUGGCCGACGCCACUGCACGUUCGCUGCAGUACGAGUACAAAGCGAACUCCAAUCUUGUGCUUCAAGCUGAUCGAUCGCUGAUCGAACGUCGAGGUCGCGAUGAAGCCACAGGUGAGGUUAUGUCCCUGGUGGGAAAGAUGGAGAGCUCAAAGAUGGGAGACAGAGCACAGCGAAACAAACCACCGAUGCAAGAAGAAAGAAAAAUCAAGCGCCAGAAGAGAGACGACGCUCGCUACGACAUGAAUAAGUUCAAAGGUCAGACUCUGCUGUCUCAAGGCAUUGAGGACAUGGUGGGCAUCUACUACCGACCCAAGACCCAGGAAACCAGAAACACCUACGAGGCUUUGCUCAGCUUCAUACAGGCUGCCAUCGGUGACCAGCCUCGCGAUAUCCUGUGUGGUGCCGCCGACGAGGUCCUGGCGACCCUGAAGAACGAGCACAGCAAAACCAAAGACAAGAAGAAGGAGCUGGAACUCCUGCUGGGCCCGUUGGCCGAGGAACGCUUCGCCCUGCUGGUCAACCUGGGCAAAAAGAUCACCGACUACGGCUCGGAAAAAGAAAAGAAAGCUAUCGAGGAGGAGAUUGACGAAACUUUCGGAGUCAAUGUCCAGUUUGAAGCGUCUGACGAUGAUGAUGACCCGGAUGACUGUGGCGAGGUCAAAGGUGAAGAGUCGGAGGAUGACGAUGAUGAAGGUGGUAUGGACACCGGCUACGACGCUACACUGACUACCAGCCUUGGUGGUAGUGAGGCGGCCAUGGGCAUGGCUAAGAAGGACUUGCAUCCGCGCGACAUCGACGCCUUCUGGCUCCAGAGACAACUCAGCAAGUUUUACGACGACCCCAACGUGUCCCAGGCACGCUCCUCAGAAGUGCUUGACAUACUGAAGACGGCCGCCGAUGAUGGUCAGGUGGAGAACCAGCUGGUCAUGCUGCUGGGUACCAACCAAUUCGACUUCAUCAAGAUCCUGAGACAGCAUCGUAAAAUGAUCCUUUAUUGCACGUUGCUGAAUCGUGCCCAAGACUCCACGGAGCGUCAACGCAUCGAGGACAAGAUGCGCUUCGACCCCACCCUUGCCCCCAUCCUCCACGCCCUGACGGAGACGGACAAAGAGGACAUCAUCAAGGAGGAACGAGCCCGGCGGGCCGCGGCCCGGCAGUCCAAGGUGGAUGCGGACCUGGACGCCAUGGAAACGGACGAACCAGAGAAUGUGAUGCAGCCGACAGAGAUGUUGGAGAUUGAGGACCUCAUCUUUGCUCAAGGAGGCCACCUGAUGGCCAACAAGAGAUGUCAGCUGCCCGACGGGUCCUUCAGGAAACAGCGCAAAGGGUAUGAAGAGGUUCACGUCCCAGCACUCAAACCAAAACCGUUUGACGACACAGAGGCCCUGGUUGCAAUCGACAGACUCCCAAAAUACGCCCAGCCUGCCUUUGAAGGGUUCAAGAGCUUGAAUCGCAUUCAGAGUAGACUCUACAAAUCAGCCCUGGAGAGUGACGAGAAUCUGUUACUGUGUGCCCCGACUGGUGCCGGUAAAACCAACGUUGCACUCCUCACCAUCCUGAGGGAGAUCGGUAAGAACAUCAAUCUGGAUGGAACCAUCAACACGGACGCCUUCAAGAUCAUCUACAUCGCUCCCAUGCGCUCGCUGGUACAAGAAAUGGUCGGCAAUUUCAAAAAGCGUCUGGAUUCCUACGGCAUCACGGUCUCUGAGUUAACCGGCGACCACCAGCUCUCCAAGGAUCAGAUCCACGCCACCCAGAUCAUCGUAUGCACACCCGAAAAGUGGGACAUUAUCACGCGCAAAGGUGGAGAGAAGACAUACACACAGCUGGUCAGACUGAUUAUCAUUGAUGAGAUCCACUUACUUCAUGAUGACCGUGGACCUGUCCUAGAAGCUGUCAUUGCUAGGACGAUCCGCAACAUUGAGACCUCCCAAGAGGAUGUGCGGCUGGUCGGGCUGUCGGCGACUCUCCCCAACUACCAAGACGUGGCCACCUUCUUGCGAGUCAAUCCAGAGAAGGGCCUGUUCUUCUUCGACAACAGCUUCCGGCCUGUGCCCCUGGAGCAGCAGUACAUCGGCAUCACGGAGAAGAAGGCCAUCAAACGUUUCCAGUUGAUGAACGAGAUCGUCUACGAGAAGGUCAUGGAGCAUGCCGGCAAGAAUCAGGUGUUGGUGUUUGUCCAUUCUCGCAAGGAGACCGGUAAGACUGCCAGGGCCAUCCGAGACAUGUGUCUGGAACACGACACCCUGGGCCAGUUCCUCCGCGAGGGGUCGGCAUCCACUGAAGUCUUGCGGACGGAAGCAGACCAGGCAGAGAACCUAGAGCUGAAGGAUCUGCUGCCCUAUGGCUUCGCUAUCCACCACGCCGGCAUGAACCGCGUGGACCGCGCUCUCGUGGAAGAUCUCUUUGCCGAUCGUCACAUUCAGGUGCUGUGCUCCACAGCCACCCUGGCCUGGGGAGUGAACCUCCCUGCUCACACUGUCAUCAUCAAAGGCACACAGAUUUAUAAUCCAGAGAAAGGUCGCUGGGUGGAGCUUGGCCCCCUGGACGUCCUUCAGAUGCUGGGGCGUGCAGGGCGCCCUCAGUACGACACCAAGGGAGAGGGGAUUCUCAUAACCGGCCACAACGAGCUGCAAUACUACCUGUCACUGCAGAACCAACAGCUGCCCGUCGAGAGCCAGUUCGUGAACAAGCUCUCGGACAACCUGAACGCGGAGGUGGUCCUGGGCAACAUCCAGACCAUGAAGGACGCAGUGACCUGGCUGGGCUACACCUACCUGUACAUCCGCAUGAUGCGUAACCCGACGCUCUACGGGAUACCGGUGGACGCCAAGGAUACCGACGCCUACCUGGAGACUCAUCGCAUCAAUCUGAUCCACACCGCGGGGUGUAUGCUGGACAAGAACAACCUGGCCAAGUACGACAGGAAGUCUGGCCACUUCCAGGUCACGGAACUGGGUCGUAUCGCCAGCCACUACUACUGUACCAACGAAUCCAUCGCCACGUACAACAGUCUUCUCAAACCGACGCUCAGCGAGAUAGAUCUCUUCAGGGUUUUCUCCCUGUCCAGUGAAUUCAGGAACAUGGUCGUGAGGGAGGAGGAGAAGCUAGAAUUGACCAAGCUGCUGGAGCGAGUGCCUAUCCCCAUCAAGGAGAGCAUUGAAGAACCCAGUGCUAAGGUCAAUGUGCUGUUGCAGGCCUUCAUCUCACAGCUGAAGUUGGACGGGUUUGCUCUGGUCUCUGACAUGGUCUACAUCACACAGUCUGCUGGGCGAUUGAUUCGUGCCAUCUUUGAGAUUGUGCUUCACAGAGGAUGGGCUCAACUCACUGACAAGACCCUAUCCUUAGCCAAGAUGAUCGACAAGCGAAUGUGGCAGUCCAUGAACCCCUUGCGGCAAUUCCGCAAGAUCCCCGAGGAGGUGGUGCGCAAGAUCGAGAAGAAGAGCUUCCCCUGGGAGCGCUUCUACGACCUGGGCCCCAACGAGAUCGGGGAGCUGAUCCGCAUGCCCAAGAUGGGCAAGACCUUACACAAGUACGUGCACCAGUUCCCUAAGCUGGAGCUGGCCACCCACAUCCAGCCCAUCACCCGCAGCACGUUGCGUGUGGAGCUGACCGUCACGCCGGACUUCCAGUGGGACGAGAAGAUCCACGGCAACUCAGAGGCAUUCUGGAUCCUUGUUGAAGACGUCGACAGUGAAAUCAUCCUCCAUCAUGAAUACUUCUUGCUCAAGAGUAAAUUUGCCCAGGAUGAGCACAUCGUCAAGUUCUUUGUUCCCGUCUUCGAGCCGCUACCUCCUCAGUAUUUCAUCCGUGUUGUCUCAGAUAGAUGGAUCGCCUCUGAGACGCAGCUGCCAGUGUCCUUCCGUCACCUCAUCCUACCAGAGAAGAACCUUCCUCCCACAGAACUCCUAGAUCUCCAGGCUUUGCCCGUCUCUGCCUUGAGAAACCCUACCUUUGAGACUCUGUACAGCAGCAAGUUCUCUGUCUUCAACCCCAUACAGACCCAAGUUUUCAAUGCCGUGUACAACAUGGAUGAGAAUGUGUUUGUAGGAGCGCCCACAGGCAGUGGUAAGACCAUCAUUGCGGAGUUUGGCAUCCUGAGAAUGCUGACCCAAGCACCGGAGGGGAGGUGCGUCUUUGUCACUCCGCUGGAAGCGUUGGCCGAACAGGUCUACACGGAGUGGUACGCCAAGUUCCAGAUGCAGCUGGGCAAGAAGGUGGUCCUGCUGACCGGGGAGACCAGCACGGACCUGAAGCUGCUGGCCAAGGGGAACAUCGUCAUCAGCACCCCGGAGAAGUGGGACGUGCUGUCGCGCCGGUGGAAGCAGCGCAAGAACGUCCAGAACGUCAACCUGUUUGUUGUGGAUGAGUUGCAGCUGAUUGGCGGGGACAACGGGCCCGUUCUGGAAGUCAUCUGCUCCCGGAUGCGAUACAUCUCGUCUCAGAUUGAGCGCAACAUCCGCAUCUUGGCUCUCAGCUCCUCCCUAGCCAACGCUAAAGACAUCGCUCAGUGGCUGGGGGCCAGCACCACCAACACCUUCAACUUCCAUCCAAACGUCAGACCGGUACCGUUGGAGUUGCACAUACAGGGGUUCAACAUCACCCACACCGCCUCCCGCCUGAUCGCCAUGGUCAAGCCCACCUACAACGCCAUCUUGAAAUACUCGCCCAACAAGCCCGUCAUCGUCUUCGUGCCGUCGCGCAAGCAGACCAAGCUGACGGCCAUUGACCUCUUGACCUACGCCUCGGCCGAGGACACGGAGGAGAGCCGCUUCCUUCACGUGCCCAAGGAGGACCUGGCCGGCCACAUCAGCAAAGUCAACGAUGAGACCCUGUGUGAGAUGUUAGAGAACGGCAUAGCCUACCUCCACGAGGGCUUGUCGGAACUAGAGAAGAAGGUCGUGGAGCAACUCUACACCUCCGGAGCCAUCCAAAUCGUCGUCGCUGCUCGCAACAUGUGCUGGGGCAUGACCUUCCCCGCCCAUCUGGUGGUUGUCAUGGAUACGCAGUAUUACAAUGGAAAGAUCCAUGCCUAUGUUGACUAUCCAGUGACUGAUGUCUUGCAAAUGGUAGGAAGAGCCAACAGACCAGAGAUCGAACACGAAGUUGGCAAGUGUGUGAUUCUCUGCCAAGGUUCCAAGAAGGAUUUCUACAAGAAGUUCUUGUACGAGCCACUGCCGGUGGAGUCUCAUCUUGAUCACUGCCUCCAUGACCACUUCAACGCGGAGGUGGUUACCAAGACGAUUGAGAACAAACAAGACGCAGUGGACUACCUGACGUGGACGUUUCUAUACCGACGCAUGACGCAGAACCCUAACUACUACAACUUGCAAGGAGUGACCCAUCGACACCUGUCGGACCACCUGUCAGAGCUGGUAGAGAACACCUUGCAGGACCUGCAGCAAUCCAAGUGCAUCAGCAUCGAGGAUGAGAUGGACAUCUCCCCGCUCAACCUGGGCAUGAUCGCCGCCUACUACUACAUCAACUACACCACCAUCGAGCUCUUCAGCAUGUCCCUCAACAACAAGACCAAGAUCAAGGGGCUGAUCGAGAUCAUCUCCUCGGCCGCCGAGUACGAGCAGAUCCCCAUCCGGCACCACGAGGACUCGGUCAUGAAGCAGUUAUCAAGUCGUGUGCCCAACAAGUUGGCUAAUGCUCGUUACAACGACCCUCACGUCAAGACCAAUCUCCUGAUCCAGGCUCAUCUUGGUAGGAUGCAGCUGUCUGCAGAGUUACAGUCGGAUACCGAGGACAUCCUUGGCAAAGCCUUGCGGCUGAUCCAAGCCUGCGUGGACGUCCUAUCCAGUAACGGCUGGCUCUCCCCGGCCCUAGCCGCUAUGGAGCUGGCCCAGAUGGUCACCCAGUCCAUGUGGAACAAGGACUCCUACCUCAAGCAGCUGCCGCACUUCUCCUCCGACCUCAUCAAGAAGUGCACAGAGAAGGGUGUUGAGAGCAUCUUUGACAUCAUGGAGAUGGAUGACGACGAUCGUAAUGAGCUUCUGCAGCUGGCCGACGCUCAGAUGGCCGACGUGGCCAGAUUCUGCAAUCGCUACCCCAACAUCGAGCUCACCUACGAGGUGCAAGAGAAGGACAGUCUGGAAAGUGGUUCCCCUGUGGUCGUCAACGUGAUUCUGGAGAGGGAGGAUGAAGUCACCGGACCAGUCGUAGCUCCAUUUUUCCCACAGAAACGCGAGGAGGGCUGGUGGGUGGUGAUCGGCGACACCAAGACCAACAGCCUGAUCUCCAUCAAGCGGCUGACCCUGCAGCACAAGGCCAAGGUCAAGCUGGAUUUCGUGGCCCCGUCCCCGGGCACCCACAACUACACCAUCUACUACAUGAGCGACUCCUACAUGGGCUGUGACCAGGAGUACAAGUUCAGCAUCGAGAUCCGCGAGGCGCGGGACACCAGCAGCGAGGACAGCGACGAGGAGAGCUCCGACGACGAGUAGGAUGGGUGUGCGCAAUGCGCGGAGUCGAAGCGGGCGCUGUUUAAAGACGCCAGCGCACCAGCUUGCAAAGCUAGUGACAAAAAAAA